AUGUCAGACGACGAGGUAAUUCGUUUUGAAAUUACCGAUUACGAUUUGGACAACGAAUUUAACCCAAACAGAAACAGACGGGCUAAGAAAGAGCAACAGAUUUACGGUGUGUGGGCGAAGGACAGUGAUGAAGAAGACAAUGAAGAUAAUAUUAGAAAAAGGGUGCGCAAACAGAAAGACUACUCAGCUCCUAUCGGUUUUGUGGCCGGUGGAGUGCAGCAGGCAGGCAAGAAGAAAGAAGAGGCUAAGAAAGAAGUACAAUCUUCAGAAGCAUCCACAUCUCGCCCAAAGUUUGCUGCGGACAGUUCUGAUGAGGAAACGCCUCAGAAUCCAGAUGAGUCUGAAACAGCCGGAAUUCGGAGACAAGGACAAGGAAUGAGAUCUGUUAACUUGGGUAGCAAUGUGGGAGCUUGGGAGAAGCAUACUAAGGGUAUUGGUGCUAAGUUGCUGUUGCAGAUGGGUUACCAACCUGGCAUGGGUCUCGGCAAAGAUCUUCAGGGUAUCUCUGCGCCAAUUGAGGCUACAGUCAGAAAGGGCAGGGGAGCUAUUGGUGCAUAUGGGCCAGAGAAAUCUACUCUAAAAGCGAAAAAGGAUGAAGAACGUCGCCUAAAAGAGAAAGAAGAACCGGAGAAAGGGAAUAAAGAGAAGACUUACAACUGGAGGAAGUCGCACAAGGGUAGAUACUUCUACCGCGAUGCGGCUGACGUCAUACAAGAGGGUAAACCCACGAUGCAUACUAUCUCCAGUAACGAGUUGUCUCGCGUGCCGGUGAUCGACAUGACGGGCAAGGAGAAACGCGUGCUGAGCGGUUACCACGCGCUGCGUGCUGCGGCGCCGCGCUUCGAGCACGAGCCGCGCCGCAAGUGCGUCAACUUCGCCGCGCCCCAGCUCAUGCACAACCUGGAGCUGGUGGUCGAGUGCUGCGAACAGGAUAUUAUCCAAAACGCUCGCGAACUGCAAUCAGCCGAGGAUGAGAUCGUAGUAUUAGAACGAGAUCUUGAAGAAUGUAACUUGAAGUUGAAAGAGGAAAACAAAGUGAUAUCCAAAGUGGAGGAUAUAUUGUCACGUGUGGAGAUGCUGAACAAGCCGGAUAUAUCCCUGGAGAGCGCGCAUGAUGUAUUGGCAGAAUUGAAGGAAUCCUAUCCAACAGAGUACGAAAUGUUCAGCCUAGGCACGAUAGCGGGUAACAUUGUCAGUCCCCUGCUGUCCGCACUGCUCGCCACGUGGGAUCCGUUGCAAGCCCCAGAGGAGCCCAUACCCACGUUUCUGAAGUGGAAGAAACUUCUAACAGAAGACUCGUUCAACAGUCUACUGUGGCAACAUUUUAUGCCACAGCUUAGUUCGGCAGCUGAGAAGUGGAACCCUCGUAAUCCGGAUCCUAUGCUCCGCGCUAUAGUGGCAUGGCAGGAGGUCUGCCCUUCGUGGGUCUCACAAAAUUGCGUGACCCGUUGUGUGGUUCCGCGGGUACUGGCUGCGGUGAGAGCUUGGGACCCCACCGGCGACACCCAACCCGUACACCAAUGGGUUUUGCCUUGGCACGAAUUGGCAGGGUCGGCGCUGGGCGUGGCGGUGUACCCGCUGAUCCGGUCGCGGCUGGCGGCGGCGCUGGCGGCGUGGCACCCCGCGGACGGGUCGGCGCGCGGCGUGCUGCGCGCGUGGCGCGGCGCGUGGGGCGCGCAGCUCGGCGCCGUGCUGCAGCAGCACAUCGUGCCCAAGCUCGACCACUGCCUGCAGCACGCGCCGCUCGACCUCGUCGGCGGCACCAACGCGGCGUGGCAGUGGUGCGUGGAGUGGCUGGAGCUGCUGGGCCCCGCGGGGGUGGCGGGCGUGGCCGCGCGGGCGCUGCUGCCGCGCUGGCUGGCCGCGCUCGCCGCCUGGCUCAACACCAACCCGCCGCACGCCACCGUGCUCAACUCCUACACGGACUUCAAGAAAAUGUUUCCAGAAGAAGUUCUGAAAGAACCUGCGGUACGUGACGCUUUUCGAAAAGCUUUAGACAUGAUGAACCGCAGCGCUGACAUAGAUAAUGUCGAGCCACCUCCCCCGCCUCGUUUCACGUUUAGCGAACCUAAGGAAACUUCUAGAAUUGCUGAUGUACUCGCGUCUAAUACACAACAGAAGAGCUUCUCGGAGUUGCUUGAAACUAGGUGUCUGGAAAAGGGCAUCACUUUUGUGCCUAUUGCUGGUAAAAGUAGGGAGGGAAGACCGCUGUAUAAAAUUGGUAAUCUACAGUGUUACGUCAUAAGGAACAUAAUAAUGUAUUCGACGGACAAUGGUAGAUCAUUCAGCCCGAUUAGCAUGGAACAAUUACUGAAUAUGGUGGAAGAUUAA